AUGUCAGCUUUCCUCUUACAAGAAACUACCUGUCCCUACCCAACCUUCAUCUAUUCAUCUUCCUCUCUCUCCAAACCCGUCAACGAACCUGACCAGCUCAACACCGAAACCCAGUGCUCAAAAACACCGCGAAAGAGCUUUACAAUUUCCGCUGCAUGUGGUCAGCGACGCGACCUUUCCCCGAUGGGCCCAAUGGCACGGGCUCGUCUCUUCGGGUUUUCCGAGUCGGAGCCCUUUAAUGGUCUUGACAAACAUCGUUUCGACCCCCACGAUCCGUUGCAGGGUUCAGAAGCUGAAACUUUCCGAGAGUAUUGGGCUCAGCGCAACAAGACCCAGAUUGCCCGGGCCGUUCUGAAGAGCAAGGCUAACCUGGAAAAUCCUACAAAGGCGCUUAUUAAUGUAGAGGGAGAGGAAGAGGAGGAAGAUGCCUGUGGCGAGGAUACCAAAAUCGACGAGAACACCCGACGCCGCCUUGAAGAGGCUCGACUGAAUGCUCAGAAGAACAGCCAGAUGACCAAGGACCAGAAACGGCAUUAA